AUGUCCAGCCAUCAUGGCGAACGGUCGAAGUCGAGGACCAAGGUCAAACCGAUCCUCAGGAAAUUGACGCAGAGUGAGAAGAAUUCGUUGGACUUGGACCGACCAGCUGCUGAGCAGGAUGGUCUGGGCAUAUAUGAAUAUGGCGCUGCAUCUCGCAGCUCACACGAUAUUGGGUUUGUGCAAACAGGCCGAAGAGGAUAUCACGCCCGGUCGACCAGUGGUACCUCUCAAUUCUCGACAGCAACAACUGGCAGUGGCCAUCGAACAGGAAGUUUCGUGCAUCCGUUCCAACAAACACCUCGACCCUAUACCCCGCCCAUUGCAGCCUCAUAUCAAAACUCGCUCCGUGAAAGUGAAGUGUCCCAUGCGAAUUCACCGACUUUGGAGGAAGAUGAAGACCAGCUACGUCAACACCCUUUUCGCUCACCUUCGAAUCUCUCGAAUCGAACCACCUCAAUAACGGGAGCGACCUCGAGUCCAAUUCUCACAUCUCCGCUUCCAAAUCUUCGCAUUCAAACCAAACCCUCUUCAUCACGUCUUGCAUUGGCGACGUCGCACACAAGUCUACACAAUUCUACACUCUCUCCCGAUAUCGCAUCUCCUACCGACACAAUGUCCCCAGUAUCCGCCAUUCGCACCUCCAUGGACAAAGGUUUCCGCAUCCGCAGCCGCAGUGAAGUCGAUACCGGUGUCCGCGCAGAAACCAUCCAAGAAGCCCGCCGCAAAUUCCAAGAGAAGGAGGACGCCAAGGAGGAGAAAGCUGCGCGGGAGGAAAUCAAGGCUCUCGAGAAGCGUCAACAGAAGGAAGCUCGCACCUAUGAACGAAGUGCCCGCAGAUCGUCCGCCAGCGAACAUCCCCGCUCCAAGCGUGCCCGUUCGAAGUCCGAUCUCACCAUGCAAGAGAAGGGCGGAGACGUCUUUGUCGGUAGAGGAUACGAUUCUGUCCCAGUCCAAACCCCGCCUUUCUUGGGUGAGGGAUUCGAGCAACCACGACGAACCAAUACUGCCAAGGCAAAGACCCAUAGUGCUUGGACCAAGUUUGUCAUGUGGUUGAAGACGAGAUGGAUUCGAUUGAAGAAGUGA